UUAUAAUCAACUGAGUCAAGCAAAGAUGAUUAUCGGAACAGCUUUCGGUCCCUUGAAUUAAUUUGCUCAGCUUCUCUUUCGAGACAUCCAUCCCACACAAUGGCUGCUCUCGCUAACGCUGCUGUGCUCCCCUCCACCUUCGUCGGUCAGAGCGCCGAGCUCGCCGCCAAGGUCAACAAUGUCGAGGCCCGCGUCACCAUGAGGAAGACCGCCAAGGCGGCUUCCAGCAGCCAGUUCUAUGGCCCCGACCGCAGCCUUUUCCUGGGCCCGUACUCCUCCCCCCCGUCGUACCUCACCGGCGAGUAUGCCGGCGACUACGGCUGGGACACGGCUGGUCUGUCCGCUGACCCCGAGACCUUCGCCAAGAACCGUGAGCUGGAGGUGAUCCACGCUCGCUGGGCUCUUCUCGGUGCUCUCGGCUGCCUCACCCCCGAGCUCCUCGCCGGCAACGGCGUGAACUUCGGCGAGGCCGUGUGGUUCAAGGCCGGCGCUCAGAUCUUCUCCGAGGGCGGCCUCGACUACCUCGGCAACCCCAGCCUGAUCCACGCGCAGUCCAUCCUCGCCAUCUGGGCGUGCCAGGUCAUCCUCAUGGGUGCCGUCGAGAGCUACCGCGUUGGUGGCCUGGAGGGCUUCCAAGAGGUUGAGGACCCCCUGUACCCCGGCGGUGCCUUCGACCCCCUGGGUCUGGCUGACGACCCCGACGCCCUUGCUGAGCUGAAGGUGAAGGAGCUGAAGAACGGCCGCCUCGCCAUGGUGUCCAUGUUCGGCUUCUUCGUCCAGGCCAUCGUCACCGGCAAGGGUCCCCUGGAGAACCUGUCGGACCACCUGGCUGACCCCACCGUCAACAACGCCUGGGCCUAUGCCACCAACUUCACCCCCGGUGCUUAAGCGUUUUGCUCUUAAAUGUACAUUUCAACUAUAAUGUAAACGCAAAAGUUCCCGAUACUGUUUCUGGCUUAGCCUCCACGAAUAACACCAACGAACAACUGCCCGAGAUUCUCUGCCUGUUAUCGGCUUGCGACGGCGAGUUUCAAGGUGGGGAGGAUGUAUCAGCUAAUUGCGUCAUCAAACUGUAUAACUUCAAGCUAG